GAAUCAUUCCAUUCCACCCAACCUCCUCCCCCCUUCCUCCUUCCCUUCCCCUCCCCUUCCAUUUUUCCAGACCCCCAUCCCCCCACUCCCACAGCGUCCGUCCAUCACGCGCCCCAAACCCUAGCGCCGACGAUGGGGUGCGCGCACGGCAAGUGCUGCCUGCCGCGGGGCGACGGCGGGGGGCAACGGCGGGACGGAGGCGGGGUCCCGGGCGGCCGCGGCGGCUCCGCCCUCGGCCGCGCGGCCGUGCCGGGGGCGGGCCUGGUGCUGGAGUACGCCACGCUGACGGUGGACGGCCUCUACCCGGACUCCCCGGGCCGGGAGUCGCAGGACGCGCACCUCGUCGCCACGCGCUUCGCGGCCGACCCCGACCUCCACCUCUUCGCGGUCUUCGACGGCCACGGCGCCUGCGGGGCCGCCUGCUCCGGCUUCGCGCGCGACGCGCUCCCGCGCCUCCUCCUCCUCGCGGCCGAGGACGACGGCGCGGGCGGGAGCCUCCUCGCGACCGACCCCGCGGGCGCGUUCCGGGCGGCGAUGAUUGGGGUCAACGAGGAGAUGCACGCGGCGGCGGCCGUGGACGACUCCAUGAGCGGGACCACCGCCGUGGCCGCCCUCGUGGCCGGCGCCACGCUCCACGUGGCCAACGUCGGCGACUCGCGCGCCGUCGCCGGGGUCUGGCGCGACGGCCGCGUCGCCGCCGAGGACCUGUCCUGGGACCAGACCCCGUUCCGCGCCGACGAGCGCGCGCGCGUCAAGGCCUGCGGCGCGCGGGUCAUGUCCGUCGAGCAGGUGGAGGGCGUGCGCGACCCGGACGCCGAGGGCUGGCUCGCCGACGAGGGGGACCCGCCCCGUGUCUGGGCACGCGACGGGCUCUACCCGGGCACCGCCUUCACGCGCAGCCUCGGCGACCUCGCCGCCGAGGGCGUCGGGGUCAUCGCCGACCCUGAGGUCAAGACCGUCGAGAUCACCCCGGCCCACCUCUUCUUCGUCGUCGCAAGCGAUGGCGUCUUCGAGUUCCUCUCCAGCCAGGAAGUCGUCGACAUGGUGGCUAUGCAUCAAGACCCUCGAGAUGCUUGCGCAGCAAUCGCUGCAGAGUCAUACAAACUAUGGCUAGAGCAUGAAAACAGGACGGACGAUAUAACAAUAAUCAUCGUGCAUAUCCGGGAUGCUCAAAAUUCAGGUCCUGCAGGGAGUGACAAGGAGAACUCCAGCAGCACCGGGGCGCCGAUAGCAUUGCACACGGUGCAGUCAGAGCUACCUGUAUUUGUACCGUCGGAGCUGCCUGUAUUUGUGCCGUCAGAAGCAAGUCACCUGAACGGAGUAGCUGCUGCUGAACUGCGGCGGCCAUCCUCCUCCAGCUCUCCAUCGGAACGACGCCUCUCAUGCGUCGCUCCUUCGCCUACACACCCUUUGUUGGAAGCUUCCAGGCCGACACAAAUGGACAGUGGCAGGACAUCCCAACCAGUCGAAGCUCGGCAUCCAAGGGAAGGUGGUAACAAGCUGGAACAACCGUUGCAGCUGCAGCGGGCAAUCUCCUGCUGAUCAUGCAUGUGUCCUCUGGCUUAAAUCUUACAACAGAAGCGGCAGCACACCCCGUCGCCAUCCUCCGUAAGGUCUCGCCCUAAUCUAGUUUCUCUUUUGUCAGUAUUUCGCUUAGAAAGCUGUUUGACAUCCUGGGCGGUGGCCGGGUGUGAUGCAGGCUCGCCAUGGUUGUUCCGCACCGGUUGGAAGUCUCGGCGCCAUUGCUCGUGUUUUCUAGAGCACCUGCUGACCGACAAUGCAAAGGUUCCUGACCCAAACAGGGUCGUUUAACAGCAUAGGGAUUGAUGGGCUUGCGCAUGUGGCCUUGGGACGCCGCCAAGCGUUAACUGGAAUGGAGUAUUUGUUAUUUAUGACAUCAUGUUAAGUUGAUGCUUGCCGUCAUAUGUGCUGAUGCUACAACAAAUAGUUGUCGCUUCUUUUUAACGAAAGGGAGGGGGUCAUUGUGAGUUGGAUAUCUGUGAGAAGUACGUUAAUAUAUCCGUGAGAUGAGAAA